GAAGCCGCCGUCGCCGCCAUUUUGUUCUCCGAAGGUGGCGGCGCCGCGAGGCCGUUAGUCCGCGCUGGUGGUCGCUCGUCAACGUCUCUGGUUAAACACGGUUCCUUCCCGUUAACUAGUGACACCCACCACACACACAGAUAUAUAUAUAUAUCUAGGGAGAGGGUGAGCCGGGCCGGGGAGCUUGUGCUGCCGGUUACGCGGUCGUCAUGACUCAGUUCCUGCCGCCCAACCUGCUGGCGCUCUUCGCGCCGCGCGACCCGGUGCCCUACCUGCCGCCGCUCGAGAAGCUGCCGCACGAGAAGCACCACAACCAACCGUACUCGGGCAUCGCCGGCUUCGUCAGGGAGUUCGAGGACCCUCGCGAUGCCCCACCUCCGACAAGAGCCGAGACCCGGGAGGAGCGUAUGGAAAGGAAGAGACGUGAGAAGAUUGAAAGAAGACAGCAAGAGGUAGAAAAUGAGCUAAAAUUAUGGGAUCCUCACAAUGAUCCAAAUGCACAGGGAGAUGCUUUCAAGACGCUCUUUGUCGCCAGGGUGAAUUAUGACACUACAGAAUCAAAGCUGAGACGAGAGUUUGAAGUGUAUGGACCUAUUAAAAGAAUCUACAUGGUGUACAAUAAGCGGACUGGAAAGCCUCGUGGUUAUGCCUUUAUUGAAUAUGAACACGAGCGAGACAUGCACUCUGCAUACAAACACGCAGAUGGUAAGAAGAUCGACGGAAGAAGAGUUCUUGUGGAUGUGGAGAGAGGCCGCACUGUCAAGGGCUGGCGCCCAAGGAGACUUGGUGGAGGGCUUGGAGGCACUCGCAGGGGCGGUGCUGACGUUAAUAUCAAACACUCGGGUCGUGAUGACGCUCCCCGGUAUGACGAGAGGGAUCGAGACCGUGAGCGAGACAGAGACCGGCGUGAGUGCAGUGAGCGCAGUCGCGAGAGAGACAAAGAGCGCACCGAGCGUCGCAGGAGCCGGUCCCGGGAACGUCGCCGGGUCCGAUCCCGCAGCCGGGAGAAAGAGGAGAGGAAGGCCCGGGGCAGCCGCGAGCGCAGCCGGGAGAAGGAGAAGGGGCCGGAGCGGGAACGCAAACGCCGCAGCCGCAGUCGCGAGCGGAAGAGAGACCGGGAGCGAGGAGACCGGGAGAAGAUCCCCAAGGAGGAGCGGCUGGAUAUGGAGCAGCCCGAGGGCGGUGACGGGCCCCACAAUGACGUGCCCCCCUUGGAUAUCGCCUUGGAUCCCAUCGAUUGUAAGCCCGAGCCAGAGGAGAAGGUGCGAGAGCGCGGGGAUAGGGAUAGAGAGCGCGACCGAGACAAGGACAGGGAUAAGGACAGGGAUAGGGACAGGGAUAGAGAACGGAGGCGCAGUCACAGGGACAGGGAUAAGGAGAGGGAGAGGGACCGCAGGAGAGACAGGGACAGAGAUCACAAGCGAGACAGGGACAGGGACCGGGAGAGAGACAGGAACAAGGAGGCCGACAAACUACAGGAUAAUGGGAUGCCUGAGCAGCUCGAGGAGACCAGCCAGGACACCUUCCUGGACCAGGAGUCACUGCAGUCUGGCGAUGGAUUCCUGUCGGUGGAAAACGGAUACCCGAUGGAGCCGCCCAUGGAGGGCUAUUGAGGCCAUGAGGCGCUCAGCCGAACUUUGUAAUUGGACCAAUUUUCUCUCCCUCGCCCGCCCCGUCCCGUUGUGCCAGCAAUCGCCACCUCUUUGUUUUUUUUUUUCGUUUGUUCGUUUGCUGGUUUUUAAGCUGUAGUUGAGGCAGGUUUUCAGCACGAGCUCCUUUCCUUCCUCGUGGCUUUUCUUAAAGGUGGGUAAGUUUUUUAGCGGACCGUGUAGGAGUUGGUUGGUUCCUUCUCUUUGGUUCUUUCCCCCCCCCUCCUCUUCCCCCCUCUCCUCUUCCCCCCCUCCCGGUCCUCCCCGAGCCUUCGGUAAAGCUCAGUCGGUAAAUGUCGCAGUUCCUUUUCUGGUCUAAAUGCACAAUCAAAUCAGCCCGAUUUUAAAGCCAUCAGAUUCCCCUGUCUGUCGGCCGACUGACCGACCAGCCAGUGCAAGCAUUUCUCGGGAAAUGGGGUGCGUUGGUUGCAUUUGGUGUCGUUUUUUUAAAAAAAAAAUGCGUCUUAGCCCAGGGCUGUGACAGAGCCAGAGCAGUCUGUGAGUUGGACUCGAGUUAGCAAGACCCCCAAACUGGACAAUUCACCCCAAAGUUCUGUCCCGGCCGCCAUUGGAGAGUCUGAUGGAGCUCUUUCUUUCGUCUACAAAUAAAAUUUCAAUGUGUUAGCA